GCGUUUGAUUCUGAAUUUGACUCGUCGUCGAGACUUCACCAGCACCCCGUGCUCAACGGCAACGGCAGCGUCUGACGUCGUCGGUUAGGGUCACACGAGAGUGGCCGUACACGUCGUAUCGCGCCACACACCAUCAUAUCAGUGUAACCGUGUCAACGACAAGUAACGAGCGAACGAAAGCGACUCGAUGGACCUUCCACGGUCGAGAAGUUGGGACGACCGACUCGACGAUUUCAUCGGCGACGAGACGGAUAGAGGACGCAGCGGAAAGAAGCUGAGACGCUUGCCUAUCGACCGAGGUCAUCGUCGGAUAUCGACGCGAUUCGAGAGCAGCUCGAGAGUCAACCGGGUCGGCGACGCCGUCGUCGAAGGCGUGAGCAAGGGGAUGAAGGUGAAGGUGAACAAGAUUUUCGACGGCACGACGCGCUUUCCGAAGAUCGAAGAAUGCGCACACUUUCACUAUGACGACGUCGAUUUGGGCAAGGAUUUCAAGGCCACUGUGGUGGAAGGCGUCUUUGUGGAGUCCGAGAGAGAUGAAGGAACUGAUUGUUGCAUGUUCAGUGUGAGAGUGAGUGCUCAACAUCAAACAUGGCUCGUUCAUCGGACGUACGAGGACUUUCAAGGGCUGGACAGACAAAUUCAUAGAUGUAUAUUUGAUCGACGAUUCAGUCGUCUUCCUCUACUCCCCGACGAGAGCAAAAACAGCCAACGAAUUCACGGAUACAUCGAGGAGACUGUUGAACGGUUGAAGCGAUAUUUGGGGAGAUUGUGUCCGCUGGCUGGCUCUCGUAUCAACUGUGGUCCUAUUCUCAAUUGGUUUGAGGUUGAUAGCAAGGGUCGUCAUUUGCAGUUGACAUCGAAGUCAGGUAUUAAUGUUCCCGCCAUUGCCGCAGCUCGGGUUGUUCAGUCGUACGUCGCUCAGGAUGACGACGAGCUGUCGCUCAAUGUGAACGAGAUUGUCUCUAUUAUUGACAUGCCGCCCGAGUCAGAGAGCAGUUGGUGGAGAGGGAAAUCAGAUUUUAAGGUUGGUUUCUUCCCUAGCAGCCACGUUGAAGUGAUUGGAGACAAGACAACACAUGAAAAUACGGCAGGAACGCUUCGAUUGAUCAGUCGAAAUAGAAGUUCGGGCAACAUGAAGCCUGUUCUCGAAAAGCGUGGAAAAAUGCUGUCCCUGCUUCGAGUCGUAAUGAAAGGGAGACCGUCGAAGGAGGAGCUGCAGAGAUCCGGCAUUGUCAGGUCACGUGUGUUUGGUGCCGAUUUGGGCGAGCACCUUGAGAACUCACAACGAUCAGUACCUUUGGUGGUCGAGCGAUGCACAAAGAUGAUCGAGAAGUAUGGCAUCGUCGAGGGCGUCUACCGUUUACCGGGAAUAUCGUCGAAUGUCAACAGACUGAGGCAAUCGUUUGACGCACACGAAGAUCCAAAUUUGGAAGUUGAUCAAUAUCUUGGAGACAUCCAGUGUUUGGCGUCAUUGUGCAAGAUGUAUUUUCGAGAGUUACCGAAUCCGUUGUUUACGUAUCAGUUGUAUGACACUUUUGAGGCUGCCUGUCGUAUGGAGGAGGGCACGUUGAAGCAACAGAACGCAAUAGCUACCGUGUUGGGGCAGUUACCACCCCCUCAUCUCAGUACUACUGAAUUCUUGAUGAAGCACUUGGCAAGGCUCGCAUUACAUAGCGAUGAAACGAAAAUGACAGCCAAGAACUUGUCGAUCGUGUGGGCACCCAAUCUCAUGAAACCUCAAUCUUCGAGUAUCGGUGACGUCGGUAUGAUCGACAUAUCGUCUCCAUCAGUAGUGGUAAGAUCACUGAUUACAAACGUUGACUGGUACUUUGGCGAACCCGGAUUGGCCGCAAUGGCCGCCAGCGCCAACAUCCAAAUCCCACCAUUAGUACGCUCAGCAACACAGAAUCCACCGGAUGGAUUUCUAUCUCUUCGGAGCAAUAGAGGCAAUCUGACGCCGCCGAGCGAACGUAGAAGCAAGACGACUGACGACAUCUCGUCGCGUAAAACGAGUACGAACUGGAGGAACCUUCUAUCGUUCGGUCGGAAGUCGGUGCGGUCAUCGUAUCUCGGUAAAGGUCGUCCGGUCAUCAGCAAUCCAGUUGCCUUCGUUGGGGCUCCGCCGGCGGCGGUGAGGGACGCGAAGGACCUUCUCGAUGCCGGUCCAUCGAACGUGAGCAGUCGGAAGUCGGCGACGCUGCCGCAGCGACAGUCGUCGAGAUACGAGACGCGGAGUCUAGAUGAAAUCGAGGAGAUGAGGACGAAGCGGCAUACGAGUCCGGUUGCCGACGCGUUCUCGGGAGCGUUCAGUCGUGGGAGCAUGACUCUACAACGAGGCGAGUCACAGGAAAUGCCGUCAGUAGGAACGACCGGAUCAUAUAGACAUGUGGAUGACUAUGAUGAGUAUGAGGAGGAGGAGGAGGAGGAGGAGUUCCCUCAUGUGGACGUUUUUGGGUCUCCGAAAGUCACCUCGAUUGACUCACCCGGCUUCAGCCCCUCAGGGCAUGGCGUUGGUUCACCCACUUCGCCUGUUCAGACGAAAUCGAAUUCGUUAGCAAGCCGAGUUCACAGCACAGACAUUGACUCGUUUAUGGCGUCCAUGUUGGACUCGUCGACGACUGGGGCCCGAAGGGCUCACAGUUAUGGCCAUGAUGCGAGCAUGGUCGCCGACGGUGUGGAGUACUCGAUAUUGUGAUAUGUCGUGGUAGAGACAGACUUUGUGUAUAGAAGUUUGUAGACUUGCUUGAUGUACAGACAGACUGGAGAGAGUAGUGGUCUUCCUAUAGUGUGUACAAGCAGCAGGAGAUUUAUUGCUGUAGAUGGUAUUAGACGUAGAGUAUUUGGUCUUUAUAAGUUGUCUGGACGGUGAGCGUUGUGACUUGUGGGAGAGACGAACUGUACAGUUUGCAUUUGAUGUUUUCUACGUGCUUGACGAAACCGAAUAGAAAUCUAGAUGCUGUGAGAUGACAGCAUUCGUUGUGAAACAGUUUGCUGUGUGAUUGG